GGCAGGACGAGUCGUCGUUUCGUGGAUCGUGAAGUGACGCGUGAGCUCGCACGGAGUUAACGUCAGAAAAAUUGUGGAGAACUGCGCGCCAGCAAUGGACAGGCCGCCAUACAAACUGAGCAGCGUGCUCCUCGGCCACACCGCAGACGUGAGGGCGGUGGCGGCCUUCCUCGAUGGCACCGUCGUAUCGGCCUCCCGGGACAAGACCGCGCGUGUGUGGAAACCAACCGGAAGGGGCAACGAGUAUGAGCAAUGUGCGACGUUAACAGGCCAUUCUAACUUUGUCAGUUCAGUAUGCAUUAUAAAUCCAUCAGAGAGAAACCCCAAAGGUUAUAUCAUUACUGGUAGUAACGACAAUACUAUAUGUGUUUACAUAGCGGAUGAAACGGUGCCCACACACACAAUAACAGCACAUCAGAAUAAUGUGUGUAAAUUAAAGACUGGCAAGCAGGAUGGUACGUUUCUUUCAAGUUCUUGGGAUAUGACAGCUAAAUUAUGGAAUGUGAGCGACUUGAGUAAACCACUACUAGACCUCAAAGGUCAUACUGCUGCCGUAUGGUGUAUAGCUGAUUUGUCAAAUGGCAAUAUAAUAAGUGGAUCAGCUGAUAAAUUGGUAAUAAUAUGGUCGAGAAAUGGUAUGGUGCAACACAAAUUAACAGGACAUACUGACUGCGUUCGCGAUAUAGUUGAUAUUAAAGAGGACGAGUUCCUAACUUGUGCAAACGAUGCUACCAUUAGACACUGGAAUGCCAAACUUGGAACCUGUUUAGGCACUUAUUGUGGACAUGAGAAUUAUAUCUAUAGCAUAGUAGCCAUCCCGAAUGGCACAUAUGUUUAUUCAUCUGGAGAAGAUAGGACUAUUAAAAUAUGGUAUAAUGCAGAACUGAAACAAACUAUAGUUUUGCCAACACAAUCAAUAUGGUGCAUCGAUUUAUUUUCAAACGGUGACAUAGUCGCUGGAAGUUCUGAUGGAGCCAUUCGGAUAUUCUCAUCUGAUCUCGAACGAUAUGCAAAUAGAGAGGCAUUGGAAGCAUUUGACAAGGAAGUUGCGAGUACGAUUUUAAAUGCACAGGAAGUAAUCGGAGACAUUAACGUAAAAGAUUUGCCAGAUGCAAGAGUUCUUCUGCAACCUGGCCAAAGAGAUGGUCAAACGAAAAUUGUAAAUGAAGGUGAUGCUGUUCGAGCAUACAGUUGGUCGCAAAAUGAACAUCGAUGGAUAAAAGUUGGCGAUGUGAUGGGUGCAUCUGGUGGUACUGCAGCUACCUCUGGAAAGCAACUCUAUAACGGUAUAGAGUACGAUUAUGUCUUCUCAGUCGACAUUCAAGAUGGUGUACCGCCCUUGAAACUUCCAUAUAAUAAGGAUCAAGAUCCCUGGCACGUCGCACAGAAAUUUCUUCAUGAUAAUAAUCUCAGUCAAUUUUUUUUAGAUCAGGUUGCAAAUUUCAUAAUAAAAAAUUCUGAGCCAGCUCCAGUUUUGAAUACUGGAUCGCAAUAUGUAGAUCCUUUUACAGGAGGAAAUCGAUACGUUCCUGGAUCAGGAUCAUCGUCUAGUACGUCCGAUAGUGCGCAAUCAUCCACAUUUAGUUCUUCCAACACAUGUACAUCUCCCUCUUAUAUACCUCACACGAGAUAUUUAAAGUUAGAACAAGCAAAUUUAUCUGCUAUCUUUGAAAAAUUACAUGAAUUAAAUGCUAAACAAGAAAAUAUAUAUAAAAUACCAGAAGAAGAAUUAGAUGCUAUAGAAAAGCUUACGAACAAUCAAGUCUCUGAGGAAGUUAGGGCCAAUGCUAUUAGCAUAUUAAGAAAUCUUUUAGAUUGGCCGAAUAACGCGGUGUUUCCAGCUCUCGAUAUAGCGAGACUCGCUGUACUUCACAAAGAAGUAAACAAUCUAUUUUGUACAGAAGAAUUAUUGCCAGUCAUUCGGAGGCAUAUCAAAAUCGAUGCAUUUCCGUCGAAUCAAAUGCUCACCUUCCGUCUGAUAGCCAAUAUGUUUCAACACGAAAAAGGAGAAAAACUUUGUUUAGAUUAUAGAGAUGAAAUACUCGAGUCUCUAUUAGAUCUACAAUCCCUUGGAAAUAAAAAUAAUCAGGUUGCAAUAUCGACUUAUAUAUUAAAUCUGAUCGUAGCGCUGAAUAAUUGUAAUGAUACACCUGGUAAAACGAGAGCUCUAAAUGUAUUAUUUACUGUAUUACCUCGUUUGAAUGAAUCCGAAGCAAUGUUUAGAGCUCUAGUUGGACUAGGAACCUUAUUGACCGCUACAUCAGAUCCCAGUGAUCGUAAUGAAUUAAUUAACGCUGUGCGACAAUCUGAAACUACUUUGAAUGUUCUUAGAACUUUGUCAGAAAGCACGAGCGAUCUUAGUAUCUCGAACAAAGUGGUAAAUUGUUCCAAGCAGAUUAUCGAUUUAAUUAUUUAAUGCGUUUUUGAAUGGUGAGACAUUUUAUUUUUAAGAUUAUAAAAAUAAUUAAAAGAGAGAAAAGAUUGAAAAAAUUACAAUUAAAUAUAAUUAAUUACGCAAAUGGAUUAAUGUAAAAUAAAAAAGAUUUUGUGAUGCACUAAUUAAAUUAUAAAUUAUAUAAUUUCGAUAAACGCAACUAAAAACCUAAGAUAAAAUAAGUUUGCACAUUUAUACAUGUUUUACAAUUCAAUUGCUCGAUCUUAAAAGAAAAAGAUAAUAAAUACAUCUUUAUAUAAUUAA